AUCAAAUCUAAGAAUAAUCACUCAACUCACCUCCGACCACCACACCCACAUCAUCUCUCCUCAUCACCAUCACCAUAAUAAAAGCACGGAAUUAUAGAAUAAUAGAAUAAAACAAACACACACAGCGAGGAAAAAAAAUUUGAUUGGCUCUCUUAACAGCUUAGACUAUUACCUCCACCAAGAAAAACAGAUUUUAAAUUACUUGUAAAAUCGAACAAGCUACUGGUCAUCAAUGGCUGAGUUGACUCAGCCGGAGGUGGUUUACUCACCGCGUUCAAUACAAUUAUGGAGGACACUAUGGGACUGGCUAGCUUUCUUCUUCCAUAUCUUUCUACAGAUCCUUAGAGCCGUCGGACCCCAAACUCUCUCUUCUUCUCACCCUUUCAAACCUUUGCCUCUCGUCGAGUUGCCUGAUACCACCGAUCCUCCUCCCGCCACCGUCGAGAUCUCCGCUGGCACCGACGCCGUUUCCGCUAACGAACCUAUCCAGAAACUCAAGGUGGUUCUUGACUUGGAUGAAACUUUAGUAUGUGCUUAUGAGACAUCUAGUUUGCCAGCUGCUCUGCGCAAUCAAGCAACAGAAGCUGGGUUGAAGUGGUUUGAGCUGGAUUGCGUAUCUUCAGACAAGGAAUGCGAAGGGAAACCUAAGAUCAAUUAUGUCACGGUCUUUGAGCGUCCAGGGUUAGAUGAAUUCCUAAAACAACUUAGUGAAUUUGCAGAGCUUGUGCUAUUUACCGCUGGACUUGAAGGUUAUGCCAGACCACUUGUUGACAGAAUAGAUGCAGAAAAUCGAUUUAGUCUACGUCUUUAUCGGCCUUCAACAUCUAGCACGGAGUAUCGGGAGCAUGUGAAAGAUCUCUCCUGCAUAUCAAAGGAUCCAUGCCGGAUUGUUAUUGUUGACAACAAUCCAUUCAGUUUCUUGUUGCAACCACUAAAUGGAAUUCCAUGCGUUCCAUUUUCUGCAGGACAACCGCAUGAUACACAGCUUCUGGAUGUACUUCUUCCACUCCUCAAGCAACUCUCUCAGCAGAAAGAUGUGAGACCUGUACUCUAUGAAAGAUUCCACAUGCCUGAAUGGUUUCAAAAGCAGGGAAUCCCUGCUUCUGGUUGGACGUAGCUGGAUAAAAGAUCAUCUGCAAUGAAAGCAGCCCUCCUUUGUACUAUCCACAGUAAUUUCAUUCAAAGGCAGAAUCUCAUUGUAGGAGCGAUGGCUUUUUGUAUAGCAUCAAUGCAUUGAUGGAAGCUGAAGUAACACAGCUUCAGGAAUGGGAUUUAUCUGCUGCUUUUAGUUGUCAAAUAGGUACAACAUUACACUCUGAUUCUUGCUGUAACUUUUUUUAUAUGUUCGCACCUUGCAGUCUGCAUGGUUUGUUUAUGUAUCUUUCAGACUUUUGUAAAUCUGCACCUCAUUAAUGAAGGUUUGUAGUUCCUCAUUA